AUGUCAGCUACAACAGGUGAAUCAUCACUUAAUUUAGGAAAAGAUAUUGAACGAGCAAUUGUUUUAAUUGAUCGUCUCCGUACGACAAGUGAAAUUCCCGAAGCAAAAUUAAGUGAAUUACAACGAAUAUUACAAAGUGAUUUUUUUCAUGCUGUACUUGAAGUUUAUGAAAAAAUUUAUGAAACAGUACAAAUAACUGGUUCACCUGAAGUUCGAGCUAAUGCUACUGCUAAAGCAACUGUUGCUGCCUUUGCUGCUAGUGAAGGCCAUUCUCAUCCACGUGUUAUUGAAUUACCAAAAACUGCUGAAGGCCUUGGAUUUAAUGUAAUGGGUGGUCGAGAACAAAAUUCUCCUAUUUAUAUAUCACGUAUUAUUCCAAAUGGUGUUGCUUGGAAACAUGCUGGAUUAAAAAAAGGUGAUCAAUUAUUAUCAGUAAAUGGCGUCUCUGUUGAAAAUGAAUAUCAUGAAAAAGCUGUGGAUUUACUUAAACAAGCUCAAGGUACUGUGAAACUAGUUGUACGAUAUUCACCACAAGUUUUAAUUGAAAUGGAAAAUCGUUUUGAACAACAACGUGCACCAAAAAAACCAGCAAAUUCACCAAUAAAUAAAUGA